AGCCUCUCAAUCUUUGUUCUUGUCUUGUCUUAACUAUUAAAUUUUUUGCCACACUUUAGAUCACCACUGAGAAAAAGAGAGAGGAAGUGAUGGCUAGUUGUAACAUGGCAUCAGCUGCUUCUCGGUUUGUGUUAUCUCCAAAUGUUUCAGGGAACACAAGUUCACCAUCAAGGAUCACUAUGGUGAUGUACCCUACAAAGUACAACAGUUCUAGGCUUAUUGUGAGGGCAGCUGAGGAGGCACCCGCAACAGCCACACCUCCAGUGGAAGGUGAAGCUGCUCCUAAACCCAAGCCACCACCAAUUGGUCCCAAAAGAGGUGCUAAGGUUAAGAUUCUUAGGAAGGAAUCAUAUUGGUACAAUGGUAUUGGUUCUGUUGUUGCUGUUGAUCAGGACCCUCAGACUCGCUACCCAGUUGUGGUUCGAUUCAACAAAGUUAACUAUGCCAAUGUAUCGACAAACAACUAUGCUUUGGAUGAGAUAGAGGAAGUGAACUGAGUCAUCUAUUUUAAUUGUAAUUUGACCCUUGCCAUGGUAUUGCAGUUAGUAGCCUUAAGGGUUUUCAUGUCAUAAAGAGGAAUGUGUAUCAUAUUUUCUGUCGUAUAUCUCUACCUCUUGAUCUCCGUACACUACAUUCUAUAUGUGCAGUUGCUCAUAAACAGAAAUACUUUCAAACUC